AUGGCGGCAUUGUAUGAAGAGUCUUGGAAUAUUUUUUUUCUGGAGAGCAUCGGAACCAAAACACUUGAUUGUCCGUGCCAAGAUCCGGGACUGGCUUCCCGGCGCCCUCCCUCAAGUCGAAAUAGGACACAGCGAAGUCCCUAUACCACCUCGUCACCUCCCAAUCUUCACCCCGCCGAGCCCGAUCAAAAAGAUUCUGUCCUUCAUCCAAGAGUAGCCGUGCUGCUUGGAGUCGAAAAGCACUGGCAUCUGCCUCUACUCUUCUGCCGUGCUCUGAGUACUGCACCGGCAGCGUUCUGGGGUUUGCGAAUCGCGUUCACAUUCCUCGGCGAGCUGCUGUUGGACGAAAAUGGGCAGGACAUUGCAGCCCCGUGGAGUGUAGAGAAGAGAUUCAGGGUUACUGAGGUCUUUCUUGCAGUGUUAUGGUGCUGCUCUUCUGCAUGGUUAAGUUUCUAUUUUACAGACUGUCUAAUGUCUCGAUGGCUCUUAAACUAUACUCCACAAGCAACGCUGGUUCGACUCUUGACCAUUAACUCGGUCAACGCUUAUAUAACCUCCUGGGUUUUAUAUCUAUCUGGUGGAUCCGAGGAUCCAAGGCUUUUGUUACCCGCUUGGAUCUGUAUAGUUAGUACUUUGACUUUCCUGUACCACCUAACACACCCACGGCUUGCGAUUCUGAAAGAGACCUCCCUCUCUAUCUCUGUGUUCUCUAUAGCCAGCUUCAUCAGCAUGGUUAGUCUAUUACUGCAACUACACAUGACUAGAGCCAAUGAUCCACCUGUGCCGUUAUUCAUGUUUGUCAAGCAAGGCUGGGAGUUUGCGAAGUUAGGCGUGGGAAAGCUGAGGAUGGCUGGUACUUAUAUAUGAAACAAUGCAGAAAAAAAGUCACAGUUUGAGAGCAG